GAGGGACUCAUUUUACUGGGCAAGUGUUUGCAGAAAUUAUGAAAGGGUUGCAGAUUAACCAGCAUCUCCAUACUCCUUACCACCCACAAUCAUCUGGGAAAGUAGAGAGAGCCAAUGGUGUUUUAAAAAAUAAAAUAGCUAAAAUCUGUGAGCAGACAAAACUUACUUGGGUACAAGCCUUACCUUUAGCCCUCUUUGCAGUAAGACACACCCCAAAGGGAAAGCAUGGCCUUUCACCAUUUGAAAUUUUGUUUGGUAGGCCACCACUAACAGGACUUUUCUUUCCACAAGAAUUACAUGGGCAGUAUGCUUCUCUAACUGAUUAUGUUGUUCAGCUGCACGAGCAACUGACUAAUUUGCAUGGAAAAGUUUUCUCUUCAUUACCAGAGCCAGAACAAAUAACUGGAACUCACCACCUGCACCCUGGAGACUGGGUGGUGAUAAGAAGAUACGUGAGGAGACACUUAGAGCCCCGGUUUGACGGCCCAUACCAGGUGUUACUGACAACACCCACCUCAGUCAAAGUGGAAGGGAAACCAAACUGGAUACACGCCUCUCACUGUAAGAAAGUGAACUUCCAAGCUGGUGAUAAAAACCUGUGUCAAAAGGGUGUGCCUGUCUUGAACAUACAGACAAUGAUGAAUGGAGCUGUCAAACUCAGUUAUAUAAUAAUAUGAGAUGGUUUCAACUAUGGCUUGGAAAGCAUGGUAAGAUUAUUCCAAUUGUCCUGAAACAAGGACUCCCAUGGGAGCAUGGGGUAACUGUACCAUAGGAAGAGUUGUACCAGCCAUCAGAAUAUGCUCAAAUAUUUCAGUGUUUGAAAUAUCCCUAGAGGAAACAAGGUAUAAGCGAGAAUUAUUCUCAUCUGCAGAUAAAGCCUGGAUGUCGUUCCCUGCCUGGACAGGAUGGGGAAUUGAGCUAGCCAAUAGAAUUAACAAAUAUGCUAGUAUUAUGGAUGGGA